AUGGCUAGAGGUUCUAAACACCAUGAUUGCCCCAUAACCUCAAAGACAAAAAGAAAAUUUUGUUCUCAACCUUCUCAGUCAGUAGCGGAUGAUGGUAUACUAGAGGCUGGGGUUGAUACUGGGGAAGAACAAGCUUCUGAACCAAUUACAGAUGCAGAUGAGCCUCUAAGUGGUCCAUUUCCAGGAGGUCCUCAUGAUCCAUCGGUAUUGAAGAGCUUUAAAAGUCAUGUAGCAGCUGCUAUAUGGUUUAAUAAGGAACAUGAUCCGUUGAAACUUCAGAACCAUUCAUAUAAGCUCACACAAUGGGGUGAUUCCAUAUCGGUACCUGAGGGUGUGCGGUUAGACAAAACUUAUUAUGCAUCUUUACUGUCAUCUACACUAGGAGUUACUAUAGAUGAGGCAAAGAAUGAAAUGAGUCGAUAUGGUGGAAAUGGGGUAACACUAGAGUGGUUGAGAUUAAGAUUUCAGAGUGUUUCAGAUGAUAGUUCUCUUGAAUUUAUUGAGUUCGCAGCAAGAGGAUUCUUGCUAUAUAUAUUAGGUUGCACACUUUUUGUGGACAAGACUGGGAAUAGGAUAAAUGUGAUUUACCUACAUUUUUUACGGGAUCUUAAUAGGGUUGGUCGGUAUGCCUGGGGAGCUGCAGGGUUAGCAUUUUUAUAUCGACAGUUAGGACUUGCAUCUAGAGUUGGUUUUAGGCAAAUUAGGGGUUAUUUGACAUUGCUUGAGGCUUGGAUAUAUGAGCACUUCCGGAAUGUAGUUUCCCCUCAUCUUCGUGUUGAAUAA